AUGGCCAUCUCCAUUGCCGACAGUUCCUGUAGCCCAACGAGGCCCUUGGAUCUGCUUCCUGAGCAGCCGCAAAAGUUCCCUCCUCGCAAGCAGAGCAUGUGGCAGCGAUUGGGACUUCGUCGAUUGCUGGGUCGUGAUGAUCGAGAUUCUGCUUCCCACUCGCCUGCCUCCUCCGGGACCUCUUCUCCCAGCCACCAGCGACAGCACCACCACAGUCACAGCCAUACCAACAACAGCAGUUCCUUCAGCGCCAGCAAAUUCCACGAUCACCUCUCCCGCAAACUGUCCAAGCGAGUCGGCGUCGCCCUGCCUCGUUCCACCACCUUUAAACGCCAGGACUCGGAACGUCGAGAUCGGCUCGCUCCUGCCAACCCAGAGCCCCGUCGUGCCCAAUCCGCCGACCGUCGCCGCCCGCUGAGCGCCCAGAGAACCAGAUCUCCACAGCCCGCCGUGGGCCCCAGGUUAUCCGCUCCCGAGGUCCAGUGGUGCGAGGAGGAGGCUGCUGAGACCACGGUUGACGAACCGCCCGAGACGAAUGAUGACAGCGAUCUCCGAUCGGAAUGGAACCCUGGCCCUGACGUGACGGAUGCUCCCGAAGAGCAACCAGCGGACGAGAUGAUCGAGAUGGAGCUGGACAAACGAUGGAUUCUCAAUCUGAGCAUGCACUUCCGCGACCGGUCCGAGCGGGAGAAAUUUUUCGUCACCUACGCCGAAGCCCCCAAUCGCUGGCGCAGAGUCACCAUUUCGUGCGAUUACCGCAACGCCACCCCAGAUUCGCUCGAGCAGGACUUGAAGGAAUUGCGCUACCAGCGGGAUAAGUGCUCUCGCAUCUACGAAUCCAUCCGGGAAUCCCUCCUCGACAUCCAAUUCUACGACACCGUCACCAAUCUCAAGCUCGAGACCCGCGAUGGCCGCCUGCAUGUCCAUGUGACCGAAGACGUGAACGAAAUCAUUCCCUAUCCUCCUGUUUCCUGCGUGGGCCAUUUGCCCAACGCUCGCCUCGUCCCCGAGAAUCGCCUGCAUUUCGAUGCGCACUUGUCUGGGUUCGUCUACAAUGUGCGACUGGGUGGAAGAAAUUUUAUCAAAAAGGAAAUCCCCGGCCCUGACACGGUGGAUGAGUUCCUCUACGAAAUCAAUGCGCUGAAUGCGCUCAAUGGCGCGCCUAGUGUGAUUCAGGUGCAAGGAAUUGUGGUCGAUGACCGCGAGGAGGUGGUAAAAGGUCUGCUGAUCGAAUAUGCCGAGCAAGGAGCGUUGGUCGACAUCCUGUACGAAAACCGUGGCGAAAUAACCUGGGAGCGACGAGAACGGUGGGCCAAGCAGAUCAUCCAAGGUCUCUGCGAAAUCCACGAAUCCGGCUACGUACAGGGCGAUUUCACACUCUCUAACAUUGUCGUGGACGCCAAUGACAAUGCCAAAAUUAUUGACAUCAAUCGACGCGGUUGUCCCGUAGGAUGGGAGCCGCCGGAAAUUGCGGCCAAGAUCGAAAGCAACCAACGAAUAUCCAUGUACAUUGGAGUGAAGACGGAUCUGUAUCAGUUGGGAAUGACCCUGUGGGCAUUGGCGAUGCAGGAGGAUGAACCGGAACGACAGUGUCGCCCGUUGCUUCUGGAUGAAGACGCGAAAGUGCCGGACUAUUAUCGAAGGCUUGUUGAUAUUUGCCUCAGCCCGAACCCUCGACACCGGCUGUCAGCCAAGGAGUUGUUGGGCUUUUUCCCGCGUGAGCUUCCGAUGGAGCAGCCUAUUCCUCUUAUGAUACGCCCUCAACCUCAUCACAUACACUCAAGCAUUGGUGUGGGACUGCGUAACGGUUUUCUUCCCCUGCAAAACGCCCGUGCGAUUCCUGCCUCCGUGGCCUUUGCCAAUUCGCACGAUCUAGAUGACGGCUACUCCAUGAGCCAAUAUCACCCGAAUCUCGCGGCUGCACCGCCAUAUCUUGAACGAAACAGCGGCAUGUCGCUUGAAGCCGACGAGUUCCGACCCAGAACAGCUGAGACAAUGGACGAUUCGAGGAUUCGUGCAUUUUCAGUAGACAGCAAUCCGCCUGCACGCCUGGACCUUGAUGAAUUGGAUGACCAGCCAGGCUUUUCAGAAUCUAUCAGUCAAGCAUUACGCCCGGACAAUUUGGGAGACACCCAAAACCUGACAUCUCAGAGCAAUCCUCACGAAAUCGACUUGGAUGCUACUAUACACCCUCUCUUUCGCAAUUCAACAGAUCAAGAAGCAGGCCUGCCACCAUUCCGAGACGCUCUGCCUGGAGAACUUGCAGGCGUUGGUGGACACCCAGCUUGUUCUUUGAAUCAAAAUCCCACCGAUAACCCGUCUCCAGACUCUGUGAAAUACCAAGAGUCUCCCUUAUCCUCCGCAUCAACCCAGUCCACUGAGCCAUACCCACCACCCGUGACAGAUUUGGGACAAGCAUAUAUGCCCACCGAAGAUGCCACGUACCCGGACUGGUCAACACAAGUGCCCUCACACUCAGUUUCAUCCCUUUUACAUUCAAUACUACCGAUAAACCCCGCCCUAAGUCCUUCAGAACAAAAAUUGAUAUCCACGAACCCGAAUCCAUUCCACUCGCCUCUUACCAUCCGUUCUGCCCUUAACUAUCCAAGACCGGGCUUCCAAAGCCAUUCACCCUACCUGAGCGACUCUCAUUUACCGAUAAAUCCAGCAUUCAGUGACAAGGCUCUCCCAUCCCUAUGA